UCUCAUCACACGGCGUAUUUACGCCGGAAGGUUCCGCCAGGGCCCUCAAUCACCGUUCAGCCACAAACAACCAGAGAGAAAGAAAUAGGGAGCUGGAUGGCUGGUUGUGGUGAAGUUAGCCACUCUGCAAACAUGCUGCCCACAAAUAAGAAAGUGGGGGACACUUGUUCUGGUUCUGCCCCAUCCCUUACAGUCCCUGAAUGUGCUAUCUGCCUCCAAACCUGUGUGCAUCCAGUCAGUCUUCCCUGCAAGCAUAUCUUCUGCUACUUGUGUGUAAAAGGAGCCUCGUGGCUUGGAAGACGUUGUGCUCUAUGCCGGCAGGAGAUCCCAGAGGACUUUAUGGAUAAGCCCACCUUGCUGUCCCCAGAGGAACUGAAAUCUGCUAGCCGUGGAAAUGGGGAGUAUGCCUGGUAUUAUGAAGGCAGAAAUGGGUGGUGGCAAUAUGAUGAAAGGACAAGCAGGGAUCUUGAAGAUGCCUUUACAAAAGGCAAAAAGAACACAGAGAUGCUGAUUGCUGGCUUUCUUUAUGUCGCAGACUUUGAGAACAUGGUACAGUAUAGACGCAAUGAACAUGGACGCCGUAGAAAGAUUAAAAGGGACAUUGUAGACAUACCAAAAAAGGGAGUUGCAGGGCUGCGACUAGACUGUGAUGCACCCAGUGCAAAUGCAGCACGUGAGAGCUCAGCUGAUGGUGCGGACAACUUAGCUGCUCUUGGAGCUUCAUCAGGCCUGCCCACUGCUGUGUUGUCCAAUCGGCCUAACACAUCCUUAGUUGGCCAACCUACAAGUCCAGUUCUCCCACAUUCUGAUGGGAGUACCCAGCUGGAGAAUUCAUUUUCCCAACUGCAAAUCGGAGAUUCUGUGGCAGGAAGAAAUAAUAUUGGGGAAGGCGAGGAGGGAUUGCCACAGGCUUCUAGCAGAACGCCACCACCUGAUUCUACAGAAGAUGACCCUGAGUCAGAAGAGAACAGUGACCAAGAAAUUCCCUCUCCACUACUGAAUCCUUCAGUUGUGCCACAGAGACUUUCAUUAAUUGGUGCUACCCAACCAAGUCCAGACCAAGCAGCAGCUGGUGGUGCACAAAAUACAAGUGUGAGAUCAAGAAGGCCUGAUGGACAGUGCACAGUGACAGAGGUCUAAGUGUCAGGCUUCAAACAAUCCCUGUUAUUGUCUACUUAGAAACUAUUUCAGACACUGCUGAAAAAAAUACUGACCCUUAAUAUGAAGUAAACCUUGAUUUUAAGCUGGAAGGUCUAUUUAUAAACACAGAAUUGGAUAGACUGAGUUAGUACAUGCUCUUAGUGCUGAAUGGGCCUGAGAUAUAAACCAUACAUUCAAAUUGUGACCUCAUGCUUAUUUUUUCGCUUUACAGUAAACAAAAUCAUAUAUAUAUGUCGUCUUAAGUCAUGUCAUAUGAAGACUUCCCUGUUCUUCUAAAUUACGCUAUUUAUUGAAUCUAUUCAAUUUAAAAACAAAAAUUAUCUCCACCUCAGCCCACUGUUUUAUUAUGAGCGUAAAGGUUUGUACAGUCUUCCCUCUCUUGUCAAGAUGUAAGUAAUUUCAGGUCCUUUCAGCACUGCAGGCAUUGAACGUCCUGGUACCACUUUACAUGUCUUUCAUGUAUGUCUGUUUUUGUCGCCACCUCUCCUGGAUCCUUAUGUUGAUUGAGCUCGGUUACCCUCACUAAUACAAAGUCGUCUGAUAGGGCUCUAAUGAGCUUCCAUAGUAACCUUACGAUAACUCCCUGCUCAGUUCAUAUUAACAACAACAUCUUGUUGACUUUUUACAACUGUUGUACAAUUUUACCUUCUGUCGGUGUGGCUUGGCAUGUUCCAUGAGCGAAUGUCGCUGUUGAUUCAUAAAUCUACUCCUGCAGCGGUGGAGUACUGAUUCAACCCAUGUAAAUGGCAUUGAAGUGCUGGUGAUUUUCAUUUUUUUCUGCAUGGUGUGACUGUAAGAAUGUGAAAAACCAAAUGUAAAAAAAUCCAGGAGCUGGGUAUAUGUAUAAUUUAAUGAGAUGUAGUUGUAAUGAUGCAAUUUAAUAGACUCUUGGGCUAUGUAUUAAAAGCCCACUUUCCAGCAUCACGUGUAUAAAGAGCUAAUAUUACUUUGUUGGAAAUUUUUAAACUCUCUCCCCUUAGACUUUGCUGUCUAGUAUGUAUUUCCUCAAGUUUGUCUCUUGCUUUUUUUUUUUUGUUUUACAAAAUUUGUAAUUUAAUAAAGACUAUGUUUUAACAGCAA